AUGGCCUCCAGAACAGUUCGCCCGGAUCCCUUGGCCCAUUCUUAUGGCAGCCCAGACGUCUUUGGACGUUAUCACAAUCCUAACGGAGACACCAUUUUUCAGUUUCACGAGCGUCCUGAAGGGGAAUCUGAAUUCACGGCGUAUGACGCUUUGUCCCUGGCAGAGCUCAAUGAGGCGUACAGAGCGCUAAAUUCAGAUCCCACCCCGCCCCCGUACUUGGAACCUGGUCAAACGAUUCCGAAGCGAAUGAUCGUGACAUCGCCAAACAUGUGCUGGAUGCCCUUCAUCUCAUUACUCCCCCGCCCAGUUCGUGCACGUGCAGACGGCCGUUUUGCUUGGGCCAACUUCACUGUAUGCCCUCAAUGGUUUAUUGAUAGCCAAUGGCAUCUGCCGUUUGUUAAAGCGCGGCCACCUGAGGCUACCAUCAAGAACCACGAACUCAGUUUCUGCUGGUGGGAUCUUGGGGAUAACCAUUUUGUGGAGGCGAAAGGGUCUGCCUUCCGUGAUCUCGGAACUUUGCGUGAAGACAUCGCGGAUUCAUUGCGAAAUGAAGCUAGGAAACUUCAAUCGGCAUGUCGAGAGAUCAAGCAGCUGAAGGACUACGGUCGUCUCUUCUACCUUGCCAACAAGACAGUCGACGCCGCUCUUCAGCUCAAAUUCUGUACAUUUUCUAAACAUGACUUGGUCUACCGCAUCGCUGGUUUUCAAUGUGUCUACCUCGAAACUCUCACCAUGUUUGAUUGGCACACCAAAUGGGCAUUUCAUCUGAACGAGCCUACUGGGAAGAUCCACGAAGUGGACGAGUCCAUCAUGGGUGCAAUCACAGACAGUACAGAAUGCAUUGCCAUGCUCUACCGGGUUGGUGCACCUGGUUGGUAUGUUCGUCCGCCGGCGAACCUGUCAACCAACAUGAUUAUCCGCAUGAUUGUUCCACCUGGUUGGGAGAAGAUGCCGGUCAUCCAGGGGUGA